GAAGUUUAUCUGCCUCCUGCGGUUCGAGGGAGAGGAGAAAAUCGUAGAACGAGGACACGCCUACGUUGAAGAGCCAACCAAGCGUGACCGUAAGUGGGCAUGUGCCAAAUACUUUCAAGGUCGUCAACAUAGUAAAAAAAGCAAUGCCCAUGCCUUCUGCGGUAGCACACUUCACGAGCACGCCAUAAAACAAGCCGCUGCACAGCAAACGGCAGCUACUCGACCAUCGAAGAUCUACUGAAGUCGCGCUCCCUACGAUACACUCCGCCAACUGCGCUUGUGCCUCGAGGAUGGCGUCUUCGGGCCGUGCUUCCACCUCCGCUGCUGCUGGACUCGAACCUAGUCUGUACGGCUACGCCAUGCUUAUGGGAGUCGGUUGCAAGCUGCCGACGAGCACCAGCAGCAGCGACGACAGCAGCAGUAGCAGCAGCGACGACAGCAGCAGUAGCAGCUCUUCCAGCAGUGACAGCGACGUCGCGCCGGCCGGCCCGUCCAAGUCAAAGGACAUCGAAAGCGUGCCGUCCACUUCCAGCGCCGCAGCCGUCGUCGUUGGGAGCGAGCCACCGGCCGGCCCGUCCCAGUCGAGAGACAUCGAACGCGUGCCGUCCACCUCCGGCGCCGCAGCAGCCGUCGUUGGGAGCGAGCCACCGGCCGGCCCGUCCCAGUCGAGAGACAUCGAAAGCCUGCCGUCCACCUCCGGCGCCGCAGCCGUCGUCGUUAGGAGCGAGCCAAAGGUCUGGAUUCAGCCAAACCUCGUCCGUCCGGCGGACUUUCCUAGUGACCACUGGGACAUGGUUCAUGACUGGAGCGAUUGGCCCCAGUUCCCUCCCAAAAAGAACGCGAAUCAGCAUCGGGCGAUCGUGGACAGUCUGCCGGCCAAGCUUCCCCAUGUCACCCUCGUCAACCAGCACGAGUUCCCGCUGCGUAGGAUGGAACUGCCGAUACACACACAGGGCAGGUUCAUGAACCCAGCGCCUGAGUUUCGGAUUACAAACUUGGUGGAUAAGUGGCAGUACACGGCCUGGCUCACCUUCACGGAUUCCACUGGGCACCAAUGCGUUGGUCAGUACUGCCACCCGGAUUCACCGCGGCCCGGUUUUUGGUUGAAGGGCCGGGUGCUGUCGUUUUCCAACCUCAAGCUCUUCUCCAACGAGAACAACAUCCCGAACCCGCCUCCGAUCAGUCUGAGGGGUUACCGCGCUUACCGUAUCCAAGUGAAUGUUGGGAUUGUGGACGAUUACGGACACAUCGUCAGCGCAUCGGUCGUCCGGCAAUCUGUUGGUGCCCGCUUCAUUGCCGUCACAAGUUGAAAUUCUAGUCUCAAGCCUCGAGUCAAGAAAGGGUUCAAGACUGAGGCACACUAAGCAAAGCCUCCCUCUGAUGCUGUGAACUCAGUGCGGGGUAUUUUACCAAAGCUCUAGCUAACAGACGAUGCUUCUUUCUGCUGAAAACUAUGGUUUGCUUUAGAAAAGUGGUUUUUACAAUAGAUGUACUUAUCCAAAUUUCACUUGCACGAAUUUAUGACCAUAACCGGAAAUUGCAAUGUACACUUACCUUACCAGGUUAUCAUGGUGCAUUUAAGAAAGAAAUUGCGAUUUGUUUUCACAUGACAAAAUAAAAAUUUUUGCAUCCAAUUA